CGUCAGUGAUGCCGUUAUGGCGAGAAAAUUUUCAAUUUUACGUUAUUUUGUUAUUUACAUGUGUUGUACAUUUUGUCUACACCGAAAAAUAUUAUCCAAUUUUGUUAUGGCAUUCAGCCGGUGAAACAUGCUGUGAUACGGAGUCAAGAACUUAUGUAAACUUUAUUACCAAGGAAAUGGGAAAUGACGUUCAUGUUAGGUCAGUUAAAAUAGGAAAUACGACAGAAGAGGAUUUUACAAAUAGUCUCGUUAUGCAUCCUUUUCAACAGAUUGAAAUGGUGUGUAACAAGCUGAAAAAAAGUGAGGCAUACAAAAAUGGAUAUAACGGAAUUGGACUUUCUCAGGGAGCUUUGUUUCUAAGAGGCUUAGCAGAAACAUGUCCAUAUCCACCAAUGAGGAAUCUCAUCUCACUUGGUGGACCACAUCAAGGUGUCUAUCAAUAUCCAAGAUGCAGCCAACAUAUUGGAGAAACCCAAUGCAAUUUGUUGAAAUUAAAAAUUAAUUUUCUAGCUUAUCACAGAGUCUUUCAACGAUCUGUAAGUCCAUUAACCUAUUGGCAUGACGACAUCAAUGAAUUCCGGUAUAAACGUGGAAGUAGUUUUCUUGCAAUAAUAAACAAUGAAAACUUUUAUAAUCCGGAAUAUGUGAAGAAUUUACAAUCACUAAAGAGACUUGUGCUUGUAAAGUACAUGAAAGACAUUUCUGUGAUACCAAAUGAGUCAACACAAUUUGGAUUUAGGGAUGGGUAUGGAAGAGUCAUAAGAAUGGAGGAUACUGAACUCUAUAAGAAAGACAGAAUUGGACUGAAGAGAAUGAAGGAAGCAGGAAAGCUGAUGAUGCUCGAUGCUCCUAUGGAGCAUCUUGAUUUAAAUGAAAAAUGGUUCAGGCAGAAUUUAAUGUCAAUUUUAAAAGAGGUUUAAUAAAUUAAGAGUUUUAAAAUAAUUUAA